UUACAAAUGGCGACCGAGAAUGACGGUUCGGAGGACUUAGUGCAUGUUCUUUCUACCACAGAGUCAGUUCACGAAGCUUCUUACUUAUUUGUCAAAGUUUUAGGGAGAGGAGCGUUUGGGGAAGCUGUUCUCUAUCGGAAAACAGAGGAUAACAGUUUAGUGGUAUGGAAGGAGAUAAAUCUCUCUCGAUUGUCAGAGAGGGAGAAGAAGGAUGCCCUGGGAGAAGUGGAUAUUCUCUCCAUGUUAAACCAUGCUAACAUUAUCACAUACUACAACCACUUCCUGGAUGAAGGGACUCUUAUGAUAGAAGUUGAAUAUGCCAACGGAGGAAAUCUGGCCAUGAAAAUUGCUCAACACUGUGAGAGUAAUGAUCUUAUAGCGGAGGAGCAGGUAAAGUGGUAUCUCUACCAGACAGCCUCAGCAUUACAAUAUAUCCACCAAUUUGGCAUUAUUCACAGGGACAUUAAAACCAUGAACAUUUUUCUCACAAAGACAGACUUAAUCAAACUGGGGGACUUUGGAAUAUCCAGAAUUCUUGAGAGCAAGAGUCAAAUGGCUGAAACGGUUGUGGGAACUCCAUAUUAUAUGGCCCCAGAGAUCAUUAAAGGAGACAGUUAUGAUCACAAGGUGGACAUGUGGGCCCUUGGUUGUGUUGUGUAUGAGUUGUUGACCUUGAAGAAGACUUUCCAUGCCACCAAUCAGCUGCGAUUGGCUUAUGAGAUUGUUAAGGGUGAACGGGGGGAUAUAGAUCCUCAGUACUCGGAGAACAUUCAGCACCUGGUCAGCUGGAUGCUUCAGAAAAAUGCCAAAGAUAGACCCUCUGCAGAGGAAUUACUGACCAGUUCAAAGUUCACAGAGAUUGCUGAUGUCCAAGAAAUGGAGAAGAGAGUAUGGGAACUCAACACGUUGUCACGGAAACUAAGGCAGCUCUCAUCUGUCUCCAUGGAAACUAUUCCUAUCAUUAAAUCUAAAAUCACAGAGGUUUAUCAAUGGGGAGGUGGGAAAUUAACGCCACAAAAACAGGACAUAUUUGUCAAGGGAAAAAGUGCAAUACAGGUGGCUGCUGGUCACUCUCAUUUUGCUGUGGUUACCAUGGAAAAAGAACUCUAUACAUGGGCAAAUGUACAAGGUGGUACAGAAAUAGUCGGACAACUUGGUCAUGGGAACACAUCGGCAUACAAAGCUCCCAAAAAAGUGGAGGGUUUAGAAGACGUUAUACAAGUGUCAUGUGGAGAGGACUUCACCCUCUGUGUCUCAGAUGAGGGUAAGGUUCAUGCCUUUGGGUCUAAUUACUAUGGCUGUCUUGGGGUUGAGGAUGAAGAUGAAGUUCUCUCCCCUUUACUAGUGCCAUUUUUCUCUUCUAACCCUGUGGAUGAAGUUUCCUGUGGGGAGAACCACGUGGCAGCUCUCACUAAGGAUGGGGAUGUAUACACCUGGGGGUGUGGCGAGUUUGGGAGACUUGGUCUUGGUUCAGAAGAUGACUUUUCAGCUCCCCAGAAGGUUGCUACACCAGGGAAGCACCUGUUUAAACAUGUUGUUUGUGGUUGUGAUGGAACAUUCUUGAUCACUAUGAAUGGUCGAGUGUUAGCAGCAGGCAGUAAUGAACACAACAAACUGGGAUUUAAUUCUGAGACUUCUGGGCUUAGAAAAAGUAAAGUCAAGGUUUAUGACAUUCCGUGUAAAUACACAUUCAGCACCGUGAAGCCUUUGACUAGAUUCCUCAUUGCCCAGGUGGCUGCUGGGAAGGAUCACUCUGCUGCUGUUGAUUUGUAUGGACAUUUGUACACUUUUGGAUCUAACAAGUAUGGACAGCUAGGGACGGGGGAUUUUAGGAGACACCGUGGGAUCUGUAGGGUGGGUGGGGGGUUGACGGGGAAGGUGGUAGAUAAAGUUGCCUGUGGUGAUGGAUUCACAGUAGCCAUUAAUGAGAACCAGGUGUUUUCUUGGGGGAAUGGUGACAAUGGAAGACUGGGAGCUGUGUUCUCUGACAAAUUAAAGGGGCCAAACAACAAGUCCAGUUGUCUUCCAAGGCCUAUAUUUGGUUCAUUGUACAGUGUGUCCAAUUUAUCAUCUCACCACUGGCAUACCAUAGUCAUAGCUGAGAAAAUUUUGAAUCAAAAGACUUUAAGAUCAAGAGUUUCAUCCCCAAAAUCUAGAGAAAAUCCUCCACUUAAAGUGGUGAUUCCACAACCGGUCCAGGAAGAGGACAGUGCGUUUGUCUCGGACGGAAUCGGAAGUGAGGAUAUCUCUUCUAGUGAACCGGUGUCGGAGUCGGACGGAAUGAGUGAUUCCGGAAAUCCACAAACUCCAGAUACAGCGGAUCGACCAAGUUCUGCUGAAUCUUCCGAUAGGCCGCGUUCUGGUGACAGACCAAGAUCAGGUGGUAGAAGUGCGACAAUUCCUGAAGAAGAUACACAAGUCCCGGACUGGCUUAGAGCGGAGCUCGAUGACGAUUUUAUCCCAAUGCCGGGGAGUAGUCAACCCAAUGCCCCGGCUCUGCUUAGUCCUACCCCCUUGGUUGGACCUUUACUGUCCCCUCCUGUACCGAGUAUAGCCCGUCCAAUACCAGGGGAAGAGGUGUCCAGGUCUCCGUCCAAUACACCAAACGCUCAUCUGAGAAAGAACGGAAGUCAAGAUAGCAUAAUCAAGAACCUGAAUGAAAGAAUUCAUCUCCUGGAGGCAGAGAACAAAAUGCUGAAAGAAGUUGUGCAGCUCCAGGAUCUGAAGAUCAAGUCCUUAGAGAUGAGACGAGCUUUGGACGAAAAGAAAGGCAGCUGACAAACAGCUGAUGUCAUGAUCAGCUGCUGAACAGCUGACCUCCUGACAUACACAACUGAAGUCUGAUUAUUUAACAAGUAGAAGCUUUUCAAGUUUCCAACAAGUCAUCAAUCAAGCGUCAUCUACAACCACCCUAGUCUUCAUAUGCAGUAAAUGACUGAGAUACCAUACAUGGUUGUGAAAUUAAAGACUAAAUAUUCAAAGCAUGAUAUAGUUUUCAUUUUUUCCACUAAUAAAUGGUUCAUUGAAAUUAAGGACCCAGUUUAUUGACUCCAGUUCAUUUGUUCACUCAUGUUGAGUCCACAGGUAAAUUAUGUGUGAUGAAAAUAAAAAAUAAAUCUAC